CCAAAGCAAGACUGCUUGGAACGCACACACGAUCAAAAUGGCAGCCCGACGCCGUGUUGUGCAGGCAGAAGAUUUAUCGAAUGUUGAGUUUGAAACUAGUGAAGAUGUGGAAGUGAUACCAACGUUCGACGCUGUCGGCCUCAGAGAGGACCUUCUGCGAGGCAUUUAUGCAUAUGGUUUUGAGAAGCCAUCUGCCAUUCAGCAGCGCUCCAUCAAGCCAGUCAUCAAAGGCAGGGAUGUGAUUGCACAGGCCCAAUCUGGUACAGGAAAGACGGCCACCUUCUCCAUCGGGGUGCUGCAGACCAUCGACACACAGGUUCGAGAGACACAGGCACUGAUCCUGUCACCCACACGCGAGCUGGCUGUACAGAUUCAGAAGGUCAUUCUGGCAUUGGGCGACUACAUGAAUGUCCAGUGCCAUGCCUGCAUUGGUGGUACCAACCUGGGUGAAGACAUCCGCAAGCUGGACUAUGGCCAGCACAUAGUGUCCGGCACUCCUGGACGUGUCUUCGACAUGAUCAAAAGGCGGAACCUGCGCACUCGUGCCAUCAAGAUGCUGGUCCUCGACGAAGCUGAUGAGAUGCUGAACAAAGGGUUCAAGGAGCAAAUCUACGAUGUGUACCGGUACCUGCCACCAUGCACUCAGGUGGUGCUCAUCUCUGCCACCCUUCCCCACGAAAUCCUGGAGAUGACCAGCAAGUUCAUGACGGACCCUGUGCGCAUUCUUGUUAAACGUGAUGAGUUGACCCUGGAAGGCAUCAAGCAGUUCUUUGUAGCUGUGGAGCGGGAGGAGUGGAAGUUUGACACACUGUGCGACUUGUAUGACACGCUCACCAUCACCCAGGCCGUCAUCUUCUGCAACACCAAGAGAAAGGUGGACUGGCUGAGUGAAAAAAUGCGGGAAGCUAACUUCACCGUGUCAUCCAUGCACGGCGACAUGCCUCAGAAGGAGCGAGACGCCAUCAUGAAGGAGUUUCGCUCUGGCCAGAGCCGAGUGCUCAUCACAACAGACAUUUGGGCUCGGGGCAUUGACGUCCAACAGGUGUCCCUUGUCAUCAACUAUGACCUGCCCAACAACCGAGAGUUGUACAUCCACAGAAUUGGACGGUCCGGUCGUUUUGGUAGGAAAGGUGUUGCCAUCAAUUUUGUCAAAAAUGACGACAUCCGCAUCUUAAGAGACAUUGAACAGUACUACAGUACCCAGAUUGAUGAAAUGCCUAUGAACGUUGCUGACCUCAUCUGAAAUCUUCACUCAAGCCAAGCACAUCAUUAAUUCAUGUACAAAGCUAAAUAAAACAUUUUUCCUGUCUU